AAACGGCGUCCGGAAGAAAGGAGGCGUAUCAAUGACUGGCCCUAGCAACAAGGGCAUCCCUAGCAACAGCAUCGCUAGCAACCACGUCCCUAGCAACGGCGGUCCUCGCAGCGGCGUCCCUAACAACAGGCGUCCGUAGCAUCAGGCGUCCUUAACAACGGCGUCCGUACCACGCACACAUGCAGUGACUGGCCAUGUCAAUGGCCUCCCAAGCAAAGGCAUCCCUAGCAACAGAGGCCCCGCGCGGACGUGACGUCACCGCUGCGCGGCGUUCGAACGCGCGCGCGCUGCUGGCGGGAAACAGAAGGAGGGAGUCGAGCGCAGCGGCACCACCACCUCCACCUCCUCCUCCUCCUGUUCCUUCACUACAACGCCUCGACAACGCCUCGCAAGCAGCAGCAGCGAUCGAAGCCGACGAUUAACCCGCCAGGCUGAACGUGAACGGCUUCGUCGCCUUCCCCCCGAGCUCGGCUUUUUGUUAGUUUCCCGGGCAAGGAGCCCGCCUCAGAGAGGUUUAAACAAUUCCAAAAGCCCAAUUCAACUUCGCCGCGACAAAAGCUGCUUGAGCUGGAUUCUGCCGCGAAGAAGAUGCUCAGGAGGAGCAGUCGGCUGGUGACCAAGAGGGAGAGAAACGAUGAGAAUGGCUCAUUUGUACUGCGGACGAGGAAGAGAAAGUGCCAGGAAUAUGAAGAUGUGUCUCCUGUGUACGUGCGCUCACCCCACCAACGCACCAAUCGGAAGCAUCUGCAUGAGAUUAAGCUUGGCCGGUUGGACGAGCAGGUGUUGGAGCUACGCGACGUCGAAUCGUUGGUGACGCCAGACAAGGAGCCACGUGACCUUCCGCAUUUCUCCAAGAGCCGCUGCACCAGCGUUGGCCUGCUCCCGGACCGACCCUCGCCACUACCAGUGCUCGGCUGGGCCUGCCCCGAGGAGGUGUGGUCGAACCUGCUGCAGAAGGAGCAGUCGCACGAGCGGGACCGCCACUUCCUCGACCGCCACCCGGCCCUGACGGCCAGGAUGCGCGCCGUGCUGCUCGACUGGCUCAUGGAGGUGUGCGAGGUGUACCGCCUGCACCGGGAGACCUUGUACCUGGCGCUGGAUUACUUCGACAGGUUCCUUGCGACCCAGACGGAUGUCUGCAAGUCUCAGUUGCAGCUCAUCGGCAUCACCGCACUCUUCAUCGCAGCCAAGACGGAGGAGAUCUACCCACCCAAGCUGACGGAAUUCGCCUACGUGACGGACGGAGCUUGUACUGAGGAGGACAUCGUCGUCAUGGAACUCAACAUGCUGCAGUCGCUCAAGUGGGCCCUGUGCCCCGUGAGCAUCAUCUCCUGGCUCGGCCUGUACCUGCAGAUCGCCUGCCUCAAGAAUACUUCCCAAAUGUUGCUCCCGCAAUACAGCCAGGACACCUUCCUGCAGAUCUCCCAGCUGCUGGACCUGUGCGUGCUGGACAUGGGUUGCCUGGAUUUCACGUACAGCACCAUCGCCGCCUCCGCCCUCUACCACUUCACCUCCCUGGAGCUCGUGUACAGAGUCUCGGGGCUACGAUGGGAGCACCUGAGCGAGUGCGUGCGGUGGAUGGUCCCCUUCGCCAUGGCAGUGCGCGAGGCCGGGCGGGCCCAGCCACGCAGCUUCACGCACAUCCCCUCCGAUAACUGGCACAACAUCCAGACGCACACCAGCGCACUGGCAAACCUGGACCGGGCCCAGACCCUGCAGGCGGAGCUCUUGCGGCAGAGUCAAGAGUCACCAGUGCCUGCUGGCACCCUGACCCCACCGCACAGCGGGCAGAAGUAAAGGUGGGGGCGGUGGGGGAUGGGGGGGCGGAGAGCAGCCGGUAGGACCCAGAGCACCACACAAUGCCCACAAUGGCAAGUCACGUGCAGUGGCGGCGACCCUCCGGUGUCGUCACGGAUGUCUUGGGUUCUCUACCUCGUGGAUAUUUUUUCGGGAAUCGGUCCUGGAUGACAACCGCUGCCGGCAAGACGCCGCGGAUGAGACCAGCAAAGAGAAGUCGAGAGAUGGCCGGCCUGCGCUCACCAACUCAGCUGCUUCUACGGUAGCCUGCGUGCUUGCGUGCAAGAAGUGUGAUGUGGGAGGUGGGGGGAGUCGGCAGCGGGGGUGGGGGGUGGUGGGGCACGUCCAAGCGGCUCGAGAAGAAGUGCCGAGUUGCUCAUCGCGUUGCCGGAGGAAGUGGCCUUUGCUCAACGCUGAACUGAUGCCGAUGUUACUGGCCGCCACCUCCCCCCGCGAUUUUACUGCGAAUUCAGCUUUUUUUUGGUCAAUGGCUUUAACAAUGGACUGGGGUACGUAUAUACGUUGAACUUCUUUCGGGAAUGGUGGCAUUUGUGGUUUUAAGUAAAUUCGAGGACGGAGGAGGAGGGAGAACAAACCCAACUUGCGUGGUGGUGUUAGUGCGACGAGCUCAACUGCAGUGGCUGGUCACCACAUUAGAGGUGGCAGCAGCUGCUCUCGCUCAACCAGCCCCGACAGGACGGCUCGUAAUCAUCCCAUCUCCUCAAAGAGACAUGGCCUGCGGUUGGCUUAAUGUUAACUACCUCGCCUGGUAUACAGGAGGUUGGUUCGAUCCCAACCAUUGACGCCUACUGUAUAUUUGGAGUUUGAACGUUUCUCUCUCCCCAUGGUCGCGUGGCUUUGUCUCCGGGUCCUCUGGUUUUUUCCUCCGCUUUUAGAAUUAACACGUGUCGAGAGCAGUGUUCUUAACUAGAUUUCAGAAGGGGGCCACUUUCGUCCAUAAGACAUCGUCAGUGCGAGGGCUGCCACACAUUUUAAACCAUUGGGGUUUGACGGCACAAUCGGGUGUUUUCACAUUUGUGUAUUGUCAGGGGCCGCACUAAAGGCCAUCAGGGGCCCACAGGCCUUGCAAUGAAGAACACUGCUUUAGGAUUUGACUGCUAUACAUUUUCACGUGCUAAGCCACUUUGUUGGGCUAUCAUUUUUGGCCAGGUCACUUCUGAAAAAGAGCUACAUAGCUCUGGGACUUAUUUGGUCAAAUAAAAAGUUAAUAUUUAAGUUUUAUAAAAUUGGAGGGGUGGUGGAGGACGGAGUGACCAACACUAACCCGGGGGCUUCGAACUCAACCGCACAAAUGUGAACCCUUUGCAGGAGUUUCCAAAUGCAUUGCAGUAUUGGGGUAGAGACACCCGCUUGAAUGAAAUGCCUCAAUGUUACAUACAUUGAGAGAACCUAGGGGACGGUGUGUGUGUGCGUGCGCGCUUGUGUGCUUUUAAAUAGAUCUACCUAACAGGCCCAUUGUGUCUGCCGAGGUGAUACAGGAUUCCCUCGUUAUUUGCGACGAAGGAUACGUUCUGUCGACACUCGCGAAUAGCAAAUUUCUCGGAUGAUAUUGCCCGAUGAAAACCUAUUUUUAAUGAAUUUCCUUAAAUACAUAAAUAAGCUUUUAAAAACAUGAAAUUAAUCAUAACACAACAAUAAAAAUUGGUUAUUACAAACAUAAAGGAGGUAAAUAUUAAUACUUUAUAAACGAACUUACCUUAAAUUAUGAUGAUGCCACACAUCACUUCCCAUACUCUCUUAUCACUUUACCUCGUCCCGUCACUUUUUCUCUCGAUGCAGUCGAGUUCCAGACGCGAUUCGUGGAUAGCCAAAAUCGCAGAUAGCAAUUUCGUAAAUACCGAGGGGAUACCCUAAUUGACUUUAAUCAGCUAUUGCCUUUCCUUUGUUGAAUUGUUUGCAGUUUGCUUAAUGCCACUCCGAGGGUGGACACAUGUGCCUUAACAUUGUGUAUAUUUUUCUGAUAUAUUAUAAACGGCUAACAUGAGUAAUGUUAUAAAAGGGUGUGGAGUGGUGGUGCAAUCUGGUGAACCUGAGACCUUUUGCCACUGCUAACGCCAGUGGCAAGUGACAUCUGAACUGCUACUGACGUGCCAACUGACUUCAACCCACACUGACUAGCAUGGUGAAGUAUGGUCACACAACCCCCACGACCUACACGGCGUAGAGUUCUUCAUCCGGCAGUGAUUUAACCAUAUCCGUAAUAAACUCUGCAAGAUAUUAAAAUAGGUGAACAGAUCGUGCACCAAAGUGGCCUUGUCUUUCUGAACCUUGCCACCCACACUAACCGAAAGCAAAACUUCAUUGCCACAACUCUGGUGUAACCACAUCUGUUUAGUAUCCAUCAUCAGCCACGUGCCUUAGAACAUCAGCAAUUCCACAGCCAAGCCGCAUUUGCAAAGUAGUCGACGCACAAAUGUGCACUUGAGCUCCUGCUGUGAAGACGUGAGGUGUUACGUAAAAAGCCAAUUGUGUAUAUGUAUGUAUUUUUUUACAUUCGUAAAGAAUGUUGCAACUGACCGCGCCUUAAUGUGCAACCAUCUGCGUUCUUGCACAAGUAAAGUAUUUCAGAUGUGGAAGGACAGCAUUAAUUACUUCGUGGGGUAUGCUUCACUACAAAUGGGGCGAGCGAGUGUGCGACGUUACAGGGCUGGCCUCGGUGGGAGGGUGCCGGGGGGGGGGGUCACUAGUACAUGCCCAGCAUCGUCAUAACAAUAUUUGGAUGAAGCCAGAAUUCACAUUGCUCAGUUUGUUGUUCGGGUUGCUUCCCCAUCUUUCUGGUUUAAAGGGAGGGAAAACACGGUCCACGUCUGUUUAAAACUAAACCAGCGACCGUCGACGGGUCGAGUUUGCAUAAUCUGCCCAGUGGGUUUUUAAUGAGAAGUGUCGCAAAAAGAACUCCCCCUCGUGGCCACAAUUUAAAUAUCUUCGUCAAUACAUCGGUGGGUGAAAUACUAAAGCUUUUAUUGUAUGGCAGGAGGGAAAAGCAACAGCUUUGAAAGUGUGAGAGUUGAAUUAUACGUGUUUUUCCCCAACCAUUUCAAGGAAGCGGUAGGACGCUGCAUGUUUGCAGCGUCACCAGGAUGUACAGCGGAGUUUUAGGAAACUUGGUUUCUUUAUGGAGAAAGUCAGUGGUGCGAUACUUUGUGCACGCAACUGAGUGCACCAAAAUACCAUUCCAGUAUGGAUAAAAAAGUAGGUUCGUCCGAGGGUAUUAUUUUAUUAGCAUCUCUCCUUUAGUAAAAGGCGGGCAUGAUUUCUAUCCAAAUUGCAGCCGUAAAUGGCUGACGCACUCUGCCUAAGUGAAAGCCACUUCAUGAUUACACACUAAUGAUGACCCAUAUAUUUAACGUUUCUGAAAUGUAUGUCCAAAAGCGUGGCACUGCUCGGAGAUUAUUUGAAUCACGGAGACUACCACUGGAAGGGAGGCUGUUUGGCUGUGUCGCGAAAUACCAAUGGAUCACCUAACUUAUUAAAUCUGAAAUGUGUGGUUUGUUUUGUGGUUGUUGUUCAUUUUAACAUGAGGUUUUUGUGCGAGAGAUUCCAGAGCAUUGUCGGCUGUUUUAUAUUUAAUUCAAUGAAAUGCUUUUUGUGAGUGUCAAUAUAUAUUUUUUAUAGUUCGUGGUGCCGUUGCGAACAACCAACUGGCAAAACGCCUUGCGGCGAUUGGGAACUUGAAAUGAAGCAUGGUGCUAAUUUAUAUCGGAGUUUGGCUCCUGAGUUUUGCCGAUGUACAAACGUGUUCCGUGGAAUAGGAUUAAAUUUUUUUUGAACAGGUAUGUCAACUUGUACAAUUGUUUCCCGCAAAGUGUGUAACGUUCAAAAAUAAAUGUAAGAUGCGUCAA